GCCAAAUUCUGAACCCGCACAGUGGGGUGUUGUUGUGUCAGUGUGGCGCUCAGUUUGCUAUCAAGCCGUGGUCAGGGUACCUGUAAUCGGUGAGUUUGGUAUCUACAACCGGUGAGUUUGUUACCGCGAUAUAGUCAAAAUUAUUUAAUAACAUGUCUAUAGCUGUAUGUACUGUGUAUGCAGAGAGAUUGGUAAACUUUUUUUUUUUUUUUUUACCUAGCUAACGUUAGCUACAGUAGCUAACUGACGUGACAGCAAAGAGUGGUGACGGCUCUAGUACUAGCAUACUAGGUCUAUGUUAAGUAACGUUAGCUAGCUUCCUAGUUAUAACUGACCUGUUAGUGUCCCGAUUUUCAUCUAGGUAGGUGGACGGAAUAACAAUGUGGAACGACGUUGAACUUCUAACCAAUGAGGAUACCAACACAGGUCGCCUUUGUAAUGUUCGAGAGGAGAAUAGUGGUUUGUACCAAGUGGAUACUUUGGUAAAAAUUGCCUCACCUGAAAAGGUAAGACCAAAAGUAGCCGAUUAAACUCAGCUCCACGAUUUACAAUGGAGUUGAGCGGCGACUAACUUAGAGUAGUGUGGUCGGACUGGAGCUCCGACGUCACAUAAAGAUUACUGUGCGGCCUAUUUUUUUGGGUGCUGAAAUCAAUCGUUUUUGAUAAAAAACGUAAUUUUAUGUGACGUCAGAGGUCCAGUCCACCUCCGCCUACACUAGUCGCCACUCAACUCCAUCGUAGUUGGAGUUGAGUUUAAUCGGCUAGACAAAAAGUUAACGACUCUCUCCAACCAUAUUAUUGAUUACCUAUACAGUUAUGAACACCUUCUAGCUAGGUACCUUCUAUUCGAAUACAGUAUGCAGUGCCGGUAUUGAUUAAUUUCAUGACAGGGUCUUUAGUGCAACUUGUUCACAUUAUUGUUUUCCUGCAGGUGUUGUCAGAUCCUCAGCUUUACUCCUCCAGCAGCUCAAACUGCAGCAUUGUUGUUGCUGAUUCAACUGUUAUCCUGUUUGACUUCAGCUAUCAGACUAUCUUGCUGCAUCUUGACUUUGGUUAGUAUCUCUUUUGUGUUCUGUGUGUAAUAAUAAUAAUAAUAUAAUAAUAAUAAUGUGUGUAGAUGUUGUCUAAUGUAAUGAUGUCUUGCAUUAUGGUGAAUGAUGUUAAAUAAAAGCAUGUUUAUUUCAGACUCUGAUGUGGAUACUGUGGAUGUUUGUCUGGACGGCCAGUUUUUGGUGGUUUGCGAGAGAAACGGAAACCUCCAUCUUAUCUAUGUGCCUCAAAAGAGGACUCUUCUCACCAGAGUAAGAGAUUGGGAUGAUCUCAUAUCCCCUAUGAUAUUUCAGCGAUUAAGUGUGUCAGUGUCAUAAGUGUGCCUAAAGUGCUUGCAUGCUGAGUCUACUAUACUUUUUGUGUGUUUUUUUUAACUCUGCUAGGCUAUGCUGGAGAAAGUCCCCUCUGGAAAUGAGAAAACAUAUCGACAUCUUAUCCUACAGGAGGAUAAGACAUCUUUAGGUGAGUAGUUCAUAGUUUGUCAUGACUUUGGAAUAAAAUUAUACAGUGUUUCUAAAUGGUCUGUUGAGGUGAUAGGUUAAACCUUAUAUUGUUGUUGCCAGGGAUGUACCACCUGUUCCUCCUUACUCCAGAUGGAUUUUUUCACAUCACAAACCUUGCCCUGGAGAAGAUUAAAAUAGGUAUUUCAUUUUAAUUAGGCUUUCAUAUCGUUUUCUUUUACUUGAGAGUUGUUACAUUUAACUUUCAAUUAUUUUAAACCAUGUUCUCUCUCAUCUCUGUAGCUAUUGAGAAAAUGGACAUUGGGGCAUUGAAAGAGGUAUUUGGCUUUAACUAUGUUGGAGAUGGUAAAAUAACAAUUCAAACGAUAUGAAGUCAGAAUAAUCAACCCCAAACCAUCACAUUGUUUCUCGCCAGCUCCAGUCUCUAAUUAAGACAGACUUCUGCUCCACCAUGGAGAUCCAUGGAGGGGGAUGCAACACAGCAGUGAUGUACAACCUUGGCAAUGAAAUCCACCUCAUGAUUGGGGUAUGGUUGUGCGCAAGUACCUGCACUGCUUUGUUACGAAAUAUUUUGAUGUAAAAAGCUAAGCUAAAUCUUUGAAAGCAUAAUGAGAGAAAGCUGCUGCCGAUAAUAGAAAGUUAGACUUUUAUUCAUCAAGUAGGCUAUUCAUACAGUAUUUAUUCACUUUUAACAUAUAAUCUGUAUAGCUUCUCGCAUAACUGAUGUGGUUAUGAUUUCAUUCAUUGUUUUUUGUUCUUUUUCACAGGCGGAUGGGGAAGCUGUUCUAACCCGCUGGAGAUUGGAUCAUAGUCAGGGCACGAUGUCUCUCUUUCAGUCCCUGGACUCCAGCUUAAUACCAGGUAGCUUUGAUAACAUUUAACUGUCUGGCUUUGGUUAAACUACACUUUACUGUUUUGCCUGAAUUGCUUAUGUAUGUCAUCAAUAGUUAGGUUAUAGCAUUAUUUUUGAAUUGUUGUGUAUUAAUGUCGCAGUCAAAUGUAUCCCUUAUCUGUAUUGUAGGGGUGAGAAAGAUCCUGGUGGUGGACAAUCUCAUGUAUGUUCUUAGCGCAGAGGUGAGUCCAGCUGAAUGAAUCUUCAUCAAUCAGUUUAUGAUUGUAUUCUUUAGCCGUUUGGUCAUUAGAACAUUUUAAGUUGGACAUUAAUCUUUCUGUACCUUUCAAUUGGUCUUAGAACAUUCUGAGUCUUUGGGACCUGCAUUUCCUGGUGAUGGUGUGCUGCUGGCCUGACCUCUUCAUCCAUGACUUCCUACUCAUCACAGAGUGUGACUCUGCUUCAAAGGCCACGUAUGUGUUCACUUCAAUACUAUACUAUUGUUAGACCUAUACUAUUUAAAUUAACAUCAUGUAAUGUUUCAUUUUCAAAUGCUUGUGCUGUAAUGAUUUUGAAAACAAAACCUCUCCUCUUCAUAGGCAAGAAAGUGCCAGCACAAAAAUCAUUACAUUGACCAUGCAAGACAAAAGCCAGGUAACUCCAGUCUGUUUCUAUGGUUCCUAGACAGCUACUUGUUCGUAGUAAUCCCAUCAUGUACAUACAUUAAUGCUUCUCUGGUUGAAGUAGUUGUUAGAAACAUCUGAGGUCCUCUCUGACUGUGUGUUUGUAUAUGUUUGUUGACGGCAACGCCCUGUAUUGUUAACCUUAGAUGAGGAGCCUGCAGGUGCGCUCUCUUCCCUCCAUGACUGUCCUUUAUUCUCUGGAGGUCUCCUCUACAUCCUGCCUGGUCCAGACAAGAAUAAGCACGGUAAACCAUAAACAGUUAUAAUCCACCCUGAUUGCAUCAGAUAUAUUAUAUCAGGUUCAGAAAGUACACCAAAUUCACAAUUUUCCUAAUUGAAAAGUUUUGAUGAGCAUUGGAAUUGGAAUUUCAGUGUACUUCCUGAAUUGACUGGAAUUGAAAUGGAAUUGACGUCCCCAACCCUGUCAGAUAUCACACCAUAUUACAAUACCCAAGUAGCGAAGGAUAAUGGAACAUUAAGUUGUACAGGUAUUAUUUCACUUUAGAUUAGGAAAGGAUGCUGAAGCUUUGACAUACAGUAUUAUCCAACCUCAGACAUAUUGUAAAUUGUUUUUAUCCUUCUGAAUUUCAGGACACUAUAUAUUUACUAGAGGGGAUUUACGAGAAUUCACAAAAGUAGGUGUUUCUUUGGCUGUUUAAUGACACUAGGGUUACCCUGAGUAAAUACUUGGGUGGUGGAGUUCCACAAAUAACAGUGAAUUGACAUGUGUAAAUGCAAAUCAUAUGUUUUUUUCUCACUGACAACUAGCUCUGAGGAGCCUAUAUCCUCUGUCGUCAUGAGAUGCUUCACAGAGGCUUUGCCUGAGAACAGGUACAGUAGUGUCAUCACGCACUCGCCUUAUUUCCUUGUUCUUGCAGUAGUUACCGUACAUGAUGUCAAUAUCAGUAAACACACUGUUAAUUGUCCCCAGACUCAGCAGACUUCUCUACAAACACAAAUUUGAUGAGGCAGAAAAGUUUGCCAUAACAUUUGAGCUUGAUGUUGAGGUUGGUAUAAUUUUUCUGGGAUUGAGAAGUUAUUCUAACUAAAAUGAAUAAUAAAUGUACCUGACUGACCAGCCACCCUCCCUCCCCUGCCCACCCAGCUUGUCUAUAAGGUGAAGCUGGACUUUGUGCUGGAGCAGCUGGCGUCAGCCUCUGUGGGGGGCUAUGGGCAGGAUGUAUGGUCUGAUCUGGUGGAGGAGGCCAAGACCAACCUGAUGAAGAUCAUGGUGAGUGUUAUCAGGGGUGUAUAUAACAAAGCAGGACAAGUCAACCAGCUAACUUUACUUUACUAUUCUAGAAUAAAAACAUUGAAUCCAUAAACAAAGAGACUUGAAAAUGGGGAUGGUAUAAUUCUCAAACUCUGACUGGUGUGGAGAGAAGGGUAUAAGUUUGAACCACAAGCUGGCAAACCUACAGUAGAUAGGGCCACAGUGUAAUGAGGUGCUCUUAAACAAGCCAUCUAUACAUUUUCAAAUGUAACAUUUCCCUAAAAGGUUGAGAUUAAAUAAGUACACUGUGCUCAUUGACGAGUGUGUUUGUGUGUCAGGAUGAGCAGUAUGUGGUGGAGUACUGCCUCAAGGCUCCGUGGCCAACUUUUGACACUGCAGAGAAGAUGCUGAACCAUGCCGCCUCCUGCUGCCCCUCCUCCCAGAUCCAGGAGGCUCUGGCCAGACUCGCCACCUUCUGCUGUCUCCACAACCUGGACAAGUUCAAGUAUGUUCAAUUUGACUGUAAUUCUAUUCCUUGCUUGCUAAAGGUUAUUGAGGAUGUAGAGUAUAUGUAUUAUAACUGUGUAAAUUAGUGCCAUGCCCGUACUUAUGUUUAAUUCCCUCUCCUGGUUGUUUCUCUCCAGUGGGAUCGCCUGGAUUGAGUUUCUGAACAGUACAGACUACGUUGGGGACAUGCUGUCCCACUUGAGAGAGGGAGACCUGAAGGGGGCCCAGCACCUUUGGCUUAGACACGAGGUAACACAAAUUAUCACACAAUCAACUGUUGCACCAUAAGACAUCUAAUGGAGUUUCAUAUUUUGCACUUGUAAUAUGUGGCUUUGACUGGAGGAUGAUUUAUCUUUGUCUGCUGUUUCUGUGAUUGUCCUGUAGGGAGAGAUUGCAGUGCAGUUUGAUGAGAGAGGUCUUGGUGCUCUGCUCAGCUCCAUUCCAGAGGACCUUCCAUCCCAGGACCUCUGUCUCUGGCUUAGGAGUGUCAUUGUUCCCUUUGUGAGGAGAGUGCUACCUAGAGGACAGGUACAGUGGUCAGGGUGGAAAACUGAUCAUGAUGACAAAUAUGUUUUGAACAGUUUGUAUUUCCAGUUUCUUUGUUGACAAGGCCUUUGAAUAAUGUGUUCCUAGAAAAUCCUUGCAAGGUGGUUGGAGCAGAGGGCCAGGAUUCUGGAGUUAACGGAAAAGGUCAAGCGAACACCUCUUUACAUUGCUAGACGGGAAUAACUCUGAGUGCUCUAGUCAAUAACAUGAGUGAUUAGGUGAUCACACACCACACUUAAACAUUUAUUCUACCCCUUAUGUUCCUGUAGGGAGACUGGCCCCAGAAUGGGCUGAACUUGGCAGAACUUGGGUUGCCCUUGUUAUGGAUGUGGAUACCUUCUGUAAGCUGAAUAUUUUUUUUUUUUAGUAUUUUUAUUUAUUUAUUUAUUUCUUCUCCCCAGCUUCAUUUUACCAGCUCUUUCCUUUUGGUUCCUUUAACUGUCACACCCCCCCCCCCCCCCACUUCCUAUUCCCUCUCUGCACUCUCAAUUCAUGCUCACUUUCAUACACUGGAUGUCAAGAUUUAUAUGCUUAGUCAUGGAUUAGCAGGAAGUAACCUAUCCUCUUGUGAUUGGUGGUCUCAGGAGGAUGACUAUGGUUCAGAGGAGGUAGAGCACCUCAAGUCCCUGGUCUCUACCCUCCGCCAGCUGCUGGACCUCUACAACAAGUACAACUGCAAGCUCUCCUUGUCAGUCUUUGAGAAGGUCUGUGUGUGAAAGCCAUCUGGGGAUUGUCUGGUUUGGAUUCUCAUCCUGUUGUUUUAAAUCUUGUUGAAAUUCUGUAUGUUAUUGUACAUGGUAUCUCUCUAUCUGCCCUGCUGGGAUGUUUAGGCAAGUAUCCGCAGCGUAGCGUUCCUCAUGCUGGAUAAAGUGCCUGCCCCAGAACUAAUCCCUGCCACGGUGGAGAGCAGCGUCAGGCCCUACAGCCUGGAGCACCAGCUGCCCCUGGAUGAGCUGCUGCUACAGUACAUCAAGGUGUUUACCUAUCCACCAGGAGACACACUUUACUAUGCAUUCCACUUGGCUGCUCAUAUUAUAAAUUGUUGACUGUCAGACAUCAUCUGAUUUGAGUCAUUGCGUGUGAUUUAGACACAUUUUUCUCUCUAUACCACUGUAGGAUCUGCUGGAGCGCUGCAGCUCCCAGACCACUACGUUGUUCACAGAGUGGGAGGCCAAAGCCGUGGCUGUGCUAGGCUGCAUCACGGACACUGAUGUGAGUUUAAACACUCUAAUAAACCACUUCCUGCCCUUCAAGGCUUGGCCACCAAAUUAGAUUGUAGAUUUAUGUACACGUUUUGAUUGACAUACUGCGCACUUAGUAUUCAGCUGUUUUCAACUGUGCUGUGCCGUGUACAGCUGGUGGUAGACGCUGUGCUGGAGAUCAUGCAGAAGGCUGUGGUGCCCUGGACUGAGGUAGUGGAGAGGCUGGUCCAACAGCACCUGGAGAUGGAGGGACCCAAGUAAGACUUACUGAUCUGAUCCUCCUCUGGUAACAGAGAGCCCUGCCACUUGUCACAGUUGUAGGCUUGUAGGGCCUCCCGAGUGGCGCAGCGGUCUAAGGCAUCGCAGUGCUGAGGCGUCAGGCUGUGUCACUGCCAGCCGUGACCGGGAGACCCAUGAGUCGGCGCACAAUUGGCCCAGCGUCGUCCGGGUUAGGGGAGGGUUUGGCUGGCUGGGAUUUCCUUGUCUCAUCGUGCUCUAGCGACUCCUUGUGGCGGGCCGGCCGCCUGCAAGCUGACUUCGGUCGUCAGUUGGACGAUGUUUCCUCCGACACAUUAGUGCGGCUGGCUUCCGGGUUAAGUGAGCAGUGUGUCAAGAAGCAGUGCGGCUUGGCAGGGUCGUGUUUCGGAGGAUGCAUGGCUUUCGACCUUUGCCUCUCCCGAGUCCGUAGGGGAGUUGCAGCAACGAGAGAAGACUGUUACUACCAAUUGGAUACCACGAAAUUGGGGAGAAAAAGGGGUUCAACAUAAAAUACAAAUAACAGUUGUAGGCUUGGGUUUUGAUCUUCCACAUCCUAUCCAAUCCCACAGGCAGGAGCUUCUGAAGGAAAGCUACCGUCUGAUGGAGAUGAGGAAGCUGCUCAGAGGCUACGGGAUCCGCAACUUCAACCUCUCCAACAACACUCAAAUCAUGGUAGGACUUUCAGGGUGCUUACAGUAUGUAGAUGUGUGUAUUUAUGUCAUUUCUGAUCCAUGUUGAUUCUCCCCCUGUAGACACUGGUGAGGUACAUCCUCAAGCAGGACCUCCCCACCUCCCUGGAGGACUCUCUGAAGCUGGCUGGGGCCUACAAACUCCCCACCUCCCAGAUACACAUCUUGUACCUCAUCCAGCUGAUUAGCCAGAGCAAGGUACACUAUGUGAGCCCAGCCUACAGCUCCUCCCAUGGUGGCUGUUGCUUUCUGAUGGGGAAUCUCUUUUGUUCUGUGUGUUGCAUGUGUGUAAUGUCUGUGUGUUGGUUCCUAUUUGCAGAGUGAGCCAUGUGUGACCCUCCUGAAAAAGCUUGCCCCUGCGGAGGCAGAGUGUGUGAUCGAGAGGCUGGCUAACUGGGCACGACUGGAGUUGCAGGACAAAGACCAUGUGUCUGAGGAGGUGAGGCUCUUUCAGGGGCAGUAGGGGUGUAUUUGCAUUUAGCAGAUUUAAGACUAUUCAAGUUCCAUCAUGGUGCAUUGACAUCUGCGUUUAAUAGGUUUGAUAUAAUUUUGAAAUACAGUGUUUAGUAGUGAUGUUCUGUACAUGCCUUUUCUCCAUUUUAGUAUACUCUUCAUGCAGAUUCACUUGCAUUCUUAUUGUGGCCAAUUUCUAAUAGCACAAGAAGCACCAGAUGGUCAUAGCACAAGUGAUGGUGGAGGCACUGAAGUUCUUACAGAGGAUCCAGAAAGGUAGUGGCAGCUUUUAAACUAUAUCAAUACAGUACUUGAAAAGACUGAUUGCUAAACCUCCCAAUAUUGAAGAUUCACAGUGUCUGAGGUCUUGAUAAACUAUGAAUGUACCAGAGAGUUUGUAUGGAUGUGCUAAGAAACCUUUACGCAUGGAGUUGACAGCUUGUGAACAUGCUAAUUUUCUCCCGGUUAGGGGAUGCCUUUAAAAGUGUGGAUUGCGAGAACAAUUUGAUGAUGUUUAAGGCGAUUGCUCACCUACAGGUAAGGUUCAAUCAUGGAAUGAUUUUGCAAUAUGUGAGAUGAAGGCCUCACCUGACUCACUUUGUCUGGUCUUUGACCUCCUCUGCUGAAAGCCUCCUAAUAUACUCCAUUUCCAGGAGGACUUUGACAUCUUCCUCACCCCCAACAACUAUGAGGACCCCAAGGUGCGAAAGCAGUUCCAGGAGCAUCACAUCACAGCCUAUGAGAACACCCGUGCUCGAGGUCCCUCCAAGAGCAAGGUCACAGCCACCCCAAUGGUGGCCAACGACCCUGACGGCAAGACCAAGACCAUCUCCACCGAGGCCGGCCUCCGCCGCUUGGCACGGCAGCUCCAGCGCACGGAGCAGGAGCUGUGGGCUGACUUGGCCCUGCGUGCCCUGGGGGUCGGCAAGGUCGACAAGGCCCUCAAGAUCCUCAGGUCAGGGGGGCGGGGAACCAAGUUUGGGGGAGGGGGGGGGGGGUAAUUAAUUUGGCAUGAGGUAAAGAAAAGCUUCGAUGUGUUCCGAGAAUGACAGGGCCCCUCUUUUUUUAUUUAUUAUUAUAAUUUUUUUUUAUGAAGGUUUGUCAUAAUCUGAAUAUCUCAUCCACAACAUUUAAGUGUUUGAUGGUAGUGUGGGCUUUUGCACUACAUUAACCUUGGGUACCUCCUUGAAUUUGUCUCUCACUCCCCUCAAACCCCUGACCCUGUUCCUACAGUGAGCUGUAUGAGCACCAUGGGACCACCAGCACAGGGAAGGUGCUUUUCAGCGCUGCCCAGAAGCUGUGCCAGAUGCUUGAGGCAGACGUGCCCAUGAUCCUCCCUGAGGGCGUGGACCUCCCAGCAGUCAUCCACAAGCUGGCCUGCCAGGCCAUCACUGUCUGCCACUCAGGUACUGUACAGAACGAACGCCCUGAGCCUGGAGGCUAACUCGUGGCUUUAUGGGAUCUCCCACAUUUUCAUUUUAGAAGGAGCCUAUCCUCCAAUUAAUUGUGUAAGUAGUUUACAUAAUGUGAUACUGUAUGACUUCAGCACCCUGGUAAGUGAUACCUCUGACUUGAGUUUGGGCUCCCUAUUGUUUCUCUCAGACCUGCUCCUAGACUGUGUGGAGCUGUGUAAGAGCACACGGGCUGCUAUGGAUGUCUACCACCAGUGUCAGCUGUCAGACAACUAUGGCUUCAUAGCAAAGGUGAGUGCCAGUACUACACUUCACUUUGCCCCAUCAAAGACUACCAGAUUCUUACCAGAGACCUCAAUGACAAUCCUCUAAUCAAUAGAUUAUAAUAUUAGAGAUUCACUUAGAAAGAGAGUCUUUGUUCGUGUUGGGUCAUCAGGCUUUAAUGUCACUGCCAUGUGUUCAGGAUUUGUCCCUGGCGGCUGAAAAGGACCCGUACUCCCAGUGGAGCUUCCAGGAUGUCUUUAAUGAGGACUGCAUCAUCCUGGACCCUGUGUCUGUCCUGCCGGUCCAGUAUGAGAUCACCAACUGUCUGCUGCCUUUCUCCUCAGGUAUCUUUUUUAACAAUGUAUCACGUGUGAUGUUAUACACCUUUUAUAAUGUCCAACCACUAAGGUAUCUAUAUUAAUUGCAUUAACUCAUGUUAAUUCAUGUUGCAGAUAGAAAGCUUUACCCACUGGACUGCUCCUGUCUUUCUCACUGCUCUUUCGAACAAGGUAGCUACUGCAGUUUCCUCCAAUUAAUAGACUGAUAUAAAUGCCGUUUUUAUGCAGCCUUACCCUCAUGACUCCUUGUCCACGUACAGAUGCCAACUUCCUGAACCCCCUACUGGUGCCCCUGGCCUCCAUGCAUCAGAUGCUGCAGGAGUGUAGUCAAUUGGAGCUGGCCCUAAGACUGCUGGUCAACUCCUUUGGCAGCUGUCUGCAGCACGUCACCUCCAACAUCAUGGACGUCAAGCUUGGCAUUCAGGUAUGAUGGCUACAGUACAGCACCAACGUCAAAAUGAUGAUGUUUUUCAGGUGUUUUAAAUGUUUUAUUGUAGAGCAGAGGUAUAAAUGCAUACAAAUGUACAUUUGAAUGAGACAUUUUUUGUUGUUGCAUAAAUGACAACAUGAACAUACAAAAAAUUACACCAGAAGUAUAACAGCAGGAUAUCAGUGCAAGAGUUUUAGCACAUUUAAACAAUGGAUAUAUCAAAAACAGUGAAGUAAAAAGCAGACUCAAGACAAAGCAGAAACCCCCCAGUGUGGUACCCCUGUUAGCCUCCCCACCCUGUGUUUUCCAGGUGUUUUGUACAGAUAGUUUCAUGUGUUUGUGAAGCAGACUUAGGAAAGUGACAUUGUCAGAGGUGUACUGUAGUGUCUCACCUGGAACUAUAAGCAAGCAAUCCCUUGAUCAGUCUUUGCAUUUCUGUUGCUACAUAUCUCUGUCUAGGUUUACACUGUGUCUGUACUCUGGACCACUACUCUACAUUGUAUUGUGAUGGGAAGUAUUUACAUUUUACAUGUUCCCUUUUCAGCUCUACGGCCCGCAGGCCCUACAAAAAUAUAAGGCUUGCUUGAGUGAUUUGAGAACAACUACUCUGUCCUCUAUCAAUGCUGUUGCAGUUGCCCUCCUGCACAAGGUGAUGUGAGACUACUGUCCUGGAUGUCAGACUUUCUUCACUUCAGUAAAUUACAUUGUAUUCUGGCCAUGCUGUCUGUGUAAUUUACAAUAUACCUAAAAUGAUAACUAUAACAACUGGUGUUUUUGCUCUGUGCUAAAGGUGUUUAACUGGAGAGUGGUGGAUUGUGACCUGGCUAUUGGACUCUGCACUCUCCUGUCCAAAACCGAGGUGUUGAAGAUACUGUGGAAGGUGAUCGACAACACCUGGCAAAACUAUGAUAAGAUCUUGGUAGGAUCAUUACACUUAUUUACUGUCAUGAAAUGUUCCAUCUUGAAUUGUUUGUCAUCAUUUUGAUUCAUGUUGUAUGUGACAAAGUCAGUAUAUCUCCAUGAUUUCAGGCUGUGGCUAUGGUGGGGGCCCAUCUCUGUAGCUUGUACUGCGAGCAGGAGGAGCGGAAGAAGUUUCUCUCUGUCAUCACCGACGCCGAGUGGGGAAUCGAGCUGGGCAAAUUAGGGGUCUGUUGAAGCUCUUCAGUGUCGUUUUUCCCUAUUUAUUUGAAAUUAGCAGUCUUUCAGAUAUUGCUGGUUUUCUGAAGAAAUCUUGAUUUUAAACUUUGCAUUAAUACCUGCUAAUUAGUUGCAUUUUUAACAAUUUACCCUCCCCGCUUUGCAAGAGGACUCGGUUUAAAAGCCAUGUCUCUCUCCCCAGAUAUCCAUCCAGCCUGUGUUUCGUCAGUGUCCAGAGAUGAAGAGUAACCUCAUCCCUACCCUGGUGAAGAACAAGAACACCACCCCUGAGAUUAUCCUCCAGUACUGCAGGUGAGCUGUUAUAGAAAGUCACAUGCAACUUCAAUCUUUAGUUUUUGGGUCUGAUACUACUGCAUGCUUUGCUUACUAGUAAAUAGUAGACCAAGUAGUUGCCUAUUGCUGUCUUGUGACGUUACGCUGUAAUUAAUGUGUGUAUGUAUGUCCUGUGUGUUCCUCCUACCUGCAGCACCUUUGGUCUGAACAGAGACGGAGUGAUAAACCAGUACAUCACCACCCUGCUGCUGCAGGAAGAGGAGGAGGAGGGGGGUGGCAGGAGACCCUGGGGCAGGCCAGGGGGAGGAGCAGCCGCUGGGGCACGCAGACGCCCUGGAGAGAGCCCUGCAGAUCAUCCCUAUGCUGCACAGCACCAGAAACCUCACCAUCAGCCUCAGUGCUGCCAUACUCAAGGUCUGAGCACAAGCAAAUCUCAGCCUACGUUUAGGGGUUGGUGGUAUGUUGUAAUGAUGUGUAGAGAAAAUAGUGUUUAACUCUUGCGUUCCCUUUCCUCCUCAGCUUAGCCCAUAUAACUAUGAGAGGAUUGAGGGGGUGCUCAGGAUCAUACAGACAGCUGAUGAGCAGAUCACCAGCCUCCCAAUCAGUCAGGUGUGGCGUCUUGAUGUCUCAUUUAUCUUUGUGCUACAUACCUCUGCUAAAUAAGUGUAAUCCUCAAUGUCAGAUUUUCUUUGGCAUUUCGAUCAAGUCUCGUCCACGAUCAAGUCCCUCUCAUCUCCAGGCAAUAGGUCUGCUCCAGCACCUGAAGUCCUACAAGCGCAUAUCUCCCCCCACAGACCUGGAGAGCAGCCACCUUCUGGAGAAUGGCCUGGAACCCUCGGCCCUGGCCAACACCAGACUGCCCUUCCACCUGCUCAUGCAGACCACCAACUACUGGAAGAUCAUCUGUGAGUACCAUGCUCAGUAUAAGCUUACAAUGUUCAUGUGGUCAGUAAGUCUUCAUAAAUAAAUCAUUGAGUAGACCCUUAAGAAUUUGCGUACUCUAGCUCCUAUAGGGAUUGAGGGAUUCUCUUUCUGUGUUUAGCUCCAGAGCUCAGUGAGGAGACCUUUCCUACUCUGCUUCUGAUAAGCAAGCUGAUGAAGGUACAGUACUCUGCUCCACUGGUGGCUGUGGUUUAUACUGUAUAUUACUGUUAUGUUUUGUUUUUAGAUAUGAGUGGUAGGCCUACCAGAAUUUGAACUACAGUAUUAACGGUGUAUUAGUUGUUUCUUUUGAUUUUAAUUUGGUCACCUGUGAAUUUGACCCUACUUCUUCCUGCCUUCUGUCAGGUGAACCUUGACAAGCUGUACAUGUCAGCGGUGAACCACGUGUUUGAGAGGAGUAUGAAGCCCUUACUCCUGAAGCAACAUAAGAGGGGGCAAAAACACACCUCCAGCAAGGAGACCUUCAAGGUGGCUAAGACCAUCAUGGGGUACAUCCACUGCAUCCAGAACCCAGAGUGGGCCGCUGCCACAGCCCAUAAAAUCGCUCAGGAGCUGCCUCCAGGUCAGACUGUUAGCCAAUCAGGCACUGCCAUGCCACUGUUCAUGGAGGAGACGGCCUCUGCAUCAAUGUUCAUCCUAUUAACUUUUUUGCAUGUGUUUUUUUUCCCUUCUCUUCGUUAGGCACUGAGAAGACCCAGUCACUAAAGUUCUGCCUAGCUCUUGGUGAUGCAUGGUUGAAGGACCCAAAACUUGAGGUUAGACCACAUAUGUUUUGUUUUUAUAUUGUGUUGAUGCUCUGAGGUCCUCAAUGUUUAUCCAUAAUCCAUCCAUGUUUAACUAUUAUAGAUGUAGUUAUGUCUGUUAUGUCUGCGUCAGCUGCUUGAAUUCAGGAUAUCCAGUCUUGUUUUCCCUUUCAUGUAUUUUUUAUUCUUCUAUCCAGUCCAUUCUUGUACAAUAAGAAUUGUCUCUCCCCUCCUCUUGUCCCCUGAGCAGGAGGCAGCUAGGACCAGGGUGGAAACCUUCCUGUCCAAGCUGAAGCUGCAGUUCCAGCGCUCGGCCACGGAGAACGCCCUGAUGUCCAGCCAGCUGAACAGCCCAGAGCACCUGAAGCUGACAGGACAGCCCACCCGCCUCAUCGUCACUCUGUACGAACACAGCAGUGUGGAGCAACGCUUCAGGGGCUCCGCUGGCCAAACCCACCCUGGUGAGCCCUCCACCAUGACCAGGCCAACCACAUGCAGGCCCACUCUUAUUGCCAUAUGGCUCCAUGUACACUUCUGAACGGCUAAGUGGAGCUACAGUAUCACUGUAUUGAUGACAUGUACCAUAGUGCUUUUAGAACACUGAGGUGAUGGGGGGGCUAAGGAGCAAAAUGGAACCAGACUAUUAUUUUGUAUAUAAUUCUUUAUGGUUUAUUCUUCAUUUGUAUGACUAGACAUUCACGCUGUAUGCAAAGAAAUAGCAGCCAUCAAUAGUGUGGAUUUUCUAAAUAUCCGAAGCGUGCUGCUGGAGAAAUGGAUCUGCAAAACCGGCCCGGCUGCAGCCAAGGUAAGUCCAACCCUACACUGUCUCUAUGAUCUGCCACAGAGACUGGAUGGGCUCAUCACUAGGGGGAAAAUAGUCCAUUUUGCAAGACAUUUUGGAGUAUGUGAUACAGCCUAACCAAAGGCUCUUUAUUUUGAAGGAUAUCAACAACCAGGAUUGUGUCAAUGACAUUCAGGAGGAUUCAGAUCUUAUGAGGUAGCUCCCUGCAUUCAUCACUUGACUAUCAUAGCCUUACAUUUCACUAUAUCUCUCUUGUUAAUGGUUUCUCCCAUGUCUCUCUCUCUCUCAGGGUGGUGUACCUACUGCAGAUCUAUUCUAUGGAUGUGGGAGUCUGUCUGCUGAGCCCUAUCCUUUCAGCAGAAACAUGGGUGAGUUGGUAGAUGGGAUGGGUCAGAAUUGGACGAUAAGCCUUGUUCCUAUAAUAAUCAUUAUAUGUUCCACAUUCUAGUUUGGAAUCGAGGGCUGGUGGGAAACAGUAGGUACCCAGUGUCUUAACACGCUAUGACACGGUCAUAACCAUGUCAUAUGUCAUAACAGCAGACAUCAUUUGUCAUAAUAUGGUCAUAGCACUGUCAUGACCCAUAUAUUUACACCUGUUGUGACAUAUAUUGCGUUAUUCAAAUUGAUUCAAAUUAGUUUUUUCCCUGUCAAGAAGUUUACUUUCGUUUUUAAAGUUUGUUUCUUGAAUUCUUUAGUAAUGUUUUUUUCAUCAUACUUUAAAUAGCUUGUAGAAAAUACACUUUAUGACACUUUCAUGAAGCAUUAUAACCAUCCUGUGUCACUUUACUUGGACUAGGAAAAUACACUUUAUGACACUGUCAAGAAGCAUUAUGACCAUCAUAAUCAUAUAAGCCAGAUAGGCCUAUCACGUACACUACCAUUCAAAAGUUUGGGGUCACUUAGAAAUGUCCUUGUUUUCCAUGAAAACAUACAUUAAAUGAGUUUGAAUAGGAAAUAUAGCAAAAUGCAUAGGACAUGUAGUCAUUGACAAGGUUAGAAAUAAUGAUUUUUAAUUGAAAUAAUAAUUGUGUCCUUCAAACUUUGCUUUUGUCAAAGAAUCCUCCAUUUGCAGCAAUUACAGCCUUGCAGACCUUUGGCGUUCUAGUUGUCAAUUUGUUGAGGUAAUCUGAAGAGAUUUCACCCCAUGCUUCCUGCAGCACCUCCCACAAGUUGGAUUGGCUUGAUGGGCACUUCUUACGUACCAUAUGGUCAAGCUGCUCCCACAACAGCUCAAUAGUGUUGAGAUCCGGUGACUGUGCUGGCCACUCCAUUAUAGACAGAAUACCAGCUGACUGCUUCUUCCCUAAAUAGUUAUUGCAUAGUUUGGAGCUGUGCUUUGGGUCAUUGUCCUGUUGUAGGAGGAAAUUGGCUCCAAACAAGCGCCGUCCACAGGGUAUGGCAUGGCGUUGCAAAAUGGAGUGAUAGCCUUCCUUCUUCAAGAUCCCUUUUACCCUGUACAAAUCUCCCACUUUACCACCACCAAAGCACCCCCAGACCAUCACAUUGCCUCCACCAUUCUUGACAGAUGGCAUCAAGCACUCCUCCAGCAUCUUUUCAUUUGGUCUGCGUCUCACAACUGUUCUUCUUUGUGAUCCGAACACCUCAAACUUCGAUUUAUCUGUCUAUAACACUUUUUUCCAAUCUUCCUCUGUCCAGUGUCUGUGUUCUUUUGCCCAUCUUAAUCUUUUAUUUUUAUUGACCAGUCUGAGAUAUGGCUUUUUCUUUGCAACUCUGCCUAGAAGGUCAGCAUCCCGGAGUCGCCUCUUCACUGUUGACGUUGAGACUGGUGUUUUGCGGGUACAAUUUAAUGAAGCUGCCAGUUGAGGACCUGUGAGGCGUCUGUUUCUCAAACUAGACACUUCAUGUAUUUGUCCUCUUGCUCAGUUGUGCACCGGGGCCUCCCACUCCUCUUUCUAUUCUGGCUAGAGCCAGUUUACGCUGUUCUGUGAAGGGAGUAGUACACAACAUUGUACGAGAUCUUCAGUUUCUUGGCAAUUUCUCGCAUGGAAUAGCCUUCAUUUCUCAGAACAAGAAUAGACUGACGAGUUUCUGAAGAAAGUUAUUUAUUUCUGGCCAUUUUGAGCCUGUAAUCGAACCCACAAUUGCUGAUGCUCCAGAUACUCAACUAGUCUCAAGAAGGCCAGUUGUAUUGCUUCUUUAAAUCAGCACAACAGUUUUCAGCUGUGCUAACAUAAUUGCAAAAGGGUUUUCUAAUGAUCAAUUAGCCUUUUUAAAAUGAUAAACUUGGAUUAGCAAACACAACGUGACAUUGGAACACAAGACUGAUGGUUGCUGAUAAUGGGCCUCUGUACGCCUAUGUAGAUAUUCCAUAUAAAAUCAGCCGUUUCCAGCUACAAUAGCCAUUUACGACAUGAACAAUGUCUUCACUAUAUUUCUGAUCAAUUUGAUGUUAUUUUAAUGGACAUAAAAAUUGCCUUUCUUUCGAUUCCAUAUGUGUUAUUUCAUAGUUUUGAUGUCUUCACUAUUAUUCUACAAUGUAGAAAAUAGUAAAAAUAUACAAAAACCCUUGAAUGAGUAGGUGUUCUAAAACUUUUGACUGGUACUGUAUGUCUCAAAAGGUCUAAAUAUAGGUGUCAUGACAGUGUUAUGACAUAUUAUGACUUGGUUAUGACAGUAUCAUAACGUGUUAUGAUGCUGGUUGUCAAGUAAAGUGUUACCCAGAAUUGUGUAUGUCAAAGUGUUGAAUUCCCAUUGUUGAUAUUUCUUCCUAGCCCCUCAGCAGUUCCGGCCCACGUCUUACUUUCUGCCACCGGAGUCGGGCCCUGCUUUGUCUCAUCCACAUUGCUGACCCCACCACCCUGGAAACCCAGCUACACAUCCCCAAGACACAAGUCCAGUAAGCGCUCCUCACUCAGAUAAAGGCCAGGAAAUCAGUAGCCAUGACUUCAGUUUCAGUUUCUUGUCAUUCAGUUUCUGUACCUGACUGCUGAUGGUCUGUUGCUGUGCUGUUUUUCCUCCUACAGGUAUUACCUGAAGUGCUACAUCUACCUGUCUCAGCUGGAGGACUUAAACAUCCCUUACACAGUGGAAUCAUUCCUCAACAGUCCCAAAGAGGGCAUGGUCAAGGGGCUGUGGAAGAAUCACAGUCAUGAGCCACAGGUAGGCCUACUCUAUCUAUGUAAUGUAUGCUUUAGGUGAUUUCAGUUGAUUUUAUUCAAUGUGAUGCAACCAAGACAGGGUAAUCAGGUUUGUAUUGAGCUGAAGUCGCCCCCUGUCUCUGCAGGCUGUGCGUCUGGUGGCAGACCUUAGCCUGGAGUACCAGGUGUUUGACCCUCAGCUGUGGAAUGGGUUACUGCAGAAACUACUGGGCUUCAACAUGGUGAGAAGAGGCAGUCUACACACAGUUUCAAGAACAAUACUACUGCUAGAAAUAAUAGAUUCUACAGCCUGUCAUGUCAAUCAAGUUAUAUGGCAUUAAGACAGGAUAUGUUGUUGUGGCACUAAAUGUGGUUUUCCCAUCUGCUCUUCAGAUAAGCUACUUGCAAAAGGUAUUGGAGGCACUGGGAGCUGUCCCCUCUCUCUGGCAGGUAAUUACAACCAGGUUCAGCGUGUGUCUCAAGGAGCCGAUGAUGUACAUUUUUUAGGGAGAUAACAUUCACAUCCACCACCUACGCUUUUGGCUUGGACAGUUCUUGAUAAAGCUGUGUUCUUUCUUUUCCAUCCAGGUCUCCAGUUUUUCCAGGACCUGGAGGAGUAUGAUCCUGGCCCCAUUCGUAUCAGGUAAAUUACUCUAUUAGACCCCAACUCAAAAAUAUGAGGGUGAGGUGGAGAAAACCACUGUCUUUGUGAAUUUGCUGACUAUGUUCUCUGUCACACAGCGUCUCUUCCUCUGAGUCCCCAACAGCAGGCAACACUCUACAGGACCUUUGUUCUCCUCCUUAAGUACGUUCUGUUGCUUUAUAGAAUAGGUUGAUAACCAACUGUCACAUAGGGGUCAAGAAGGGUGUCAUGGCAUUACCAUGGUAACAUCACUACAUAAUAAUCCUGCUCAUCCCGCCAUCUUCCCUGGUCUCUGGCAGGUGCCCGUUCCUGUUGAAUCUGGACCUGAUAGGCAUCGCCAAUCGCUUUGCCCAGUUCAGUCUGCCUGGCUUUGCCCUUGGUGCCCUCCUGCUCAUCCCCUGUGCCAAGAGGAAGGGGCAGCAGAUUCAGGUGAGGCAGCUGGGUCUGGGGCUUCCAUAAGGAUAGUGGUGGUAGGGGCCCACUACCAGCCCCCUAACACAUCUGCCCUUUACCAAAUUGUUAUCUGCAUCUUUAGAUGGAAUUACAUUCAAUUGUUGUGGUUUAACAAUAGCCACAAACUGUCCAAGAAUCUGAGUAAAACUAUUAAAGGUAUUGGUAGUGUCUCUGCAUGAGUCUCUUCCCCCUGUUUGAUGUGCUUACUGUGUAGUGUAUAUGAAUGCUCCCUCCCAGGGUCUCCUGUCAGCCUGUAACCCCAUCACCAUCCUGGAGCAGGUGGAUGAGCAUAUGAACACUGGGGAGUUGGCAGGGGUUCCCUCACAGGUGAGCUGCUAUCACUUUUUCGUAUUGCCUUCAUUGGUCAACCACUGUUGGCUCUACUGUAUGUGUGAUUCCAUCUGUUUUCUGUAAUCUUUUACACAUCUGAUUAUUUUGUGUUUUGAGAAAAGUUGUAUGGAACUCAAUGUGUGUAAUUAACUGAUUUCUUCUCCACCCCAGAUAAGGGACACAGUCUUGACAUUCAUUUGCCAAAACGGGCAGUACCAGAAGCUGUGGAAGACCAAGCACUUCAAUCUUCUCAAGCAACACAUUGUGUCAAGUGGUGACUCCAACCAGGUGAAGGACCUGGUAGAUUAUUUGAUCUCCCACAGCUGGUAAGUCCUCAAAGCAGUAAUUUUACGAGCAUUAUUUGAUGUAUAAUAGUAUUGAAUGAAAGUGUUAACCUCACACUCCAGGCAGGUAUGAGUAGAGAAAUGUUUGUUUCUAUUAUACGUAAUUACUUGAAUCCUUACCCUUUGUUGACCUCUGGUGUUCAGUGAGGAGGAUGCCAACUCCCUGGCCCAUGAGUAUCUGAGACGCAGGGAGCGUAAAGGGAAACUAAUACCAGACAGGUCCCCUGCAUCAAGCGCCCUGAAGGUAACUAUAGUCAGCAAUCCUUUAUAACAUAAAUUGAUAUUAGCAUGGCAUUCUUUUGUUUUAAAACAUACUUGUUUAUAUAUGUUACUAAUGUGAAAUGAUAUAUAUAUAUAUAUAUAUGCCAUUUAGCAGACACUUUUAUCCAAAGCGACUUAGCCAUGCAUGCAUACAUUUUUUUUGUAUGGAUGGCCCCAGUGGGUAUCAAACCCAACUGAGCCACACAGGAGCACAAAUAUGUAAUAUCACUUUUUUUGGUGGGCUUGUGUUGCAGAAGUUUCUCAGCAUCGAUAUAGACAGAUAAAUAAAUGGUGUGGAUAUGAACAGGAUGAAGAACACAUAUGGGACAUGCAAUAUAUUCACAGUAUGUUUAUUCUACUUUGUCUGUCUUUGGGCUACAAAUGCAAUGUUUGCACUUACUGUCUCCUUACUCAAUUUUUUCACAUGUAAUAUUCACUGUCUAGCUAUUUUAUAAAUAACUCUGUGUACUAAACAUUGUUUCUUGUGAAAUGAUUCAUUUUCCAAGACGAGGAAGAUUUUGUAAUGGAAUGAUUAAUGAUAAUGACAUAUUUUUUUACAACAUACACUAUUAGUAAGCAAUAUAAAAAGUUUGCAACAGUUAUUUUAGUUAAAGCAUCAAUUAACAUUUUAGUCAUUUAGCA